GCUUUCACGGACCCAGGGGGCAAUGAAAAAGAGUUCCAUUUGUCCUUCAUCCAAAUAAAAGAGAAAGCUGCAGCACACAGGGUAAAAUAACGAGAUCUCUGCUUUGAGGGCGAACGGUGUAGAUGACAAUGCUGCAUCCAUUAUUUUGGCUCCUACUUCUUUUACACAAAAUGUGUCCAGGGCGUGCUUGGCUAGCAAGUAACUUUCUUAUGACCGGGCCAAAGGCCCAUCUGUCCUAUGCAAGAAGCGUGCAGGUGGGUGCGCAGAGUGGGCUUGAGGAGUGCAAACACCAAUUCGCCUGGGAUAGAUGGAACUGUCCCGACAGCGCGACCCAGCUCAAAGGACUAAAACGCGCCACCAGAGAGACUUCGUUCGUCCACGCAAUCAGUGCAGCGGGGGUUAUGUACACUCUGACCAGGAACUGCAGCCUAGGAGACCUCGACGACUGCGGGUGCGAUGUCUCCAAGAACGGGAAAAUUGGCGGUCGCGGCUGGCUGUGGGGUGGCUGUAGUGAUAAUGUGGAUUUUGGAGAGAGGAUUUCUAAACAGUACGUGGAUGCGCAGGAGACAGGUCAGGACUCCAGGGCUGCUGUCAACCUGCACAACAACGCGGCUGGGCGGCUGGCUGUGAAGGCAACAAUGAGGCGCAUCUGUAGAUGUCACGGCAUGUCAGAGAGUUGCAGUGUCCAAACCUGCUGGACACAGCUUUCAAAUUUCAGAGAAAUCGGCAACUACCUGAAAAUCAAGCACAGUCAAGCCCAAAAACUGGACAUCGACAAAAAGCGCCUGAGGGCAGGUAACAGCGCGGACAACCGAGGUGCCAUCGUGGACGCGCUGGGUAGCAUCGCUCAGACAGAGCUCAUCUACCUGGAGGACUCCCCGGACUACUGCAAGAGGAACAUCAGCUUGGGGCUGUACGGCACCGAGGGCCGGGAGUGUGUGCAGCACGGAGAGGCUUUAACCCAGUGGGAGAGGCGCAGCUGCCGCAGGUUGUGUCAUGAAUGCGGCUUGAAGGUGGAAGAGAGGCGCACGGAGGUGGUGAGCAGCUGCAACUGCAAAUUCCACUGGUGCUGCACGGUGAACUGUGAUGACUGCUCUCAGGUUACAGUGAAACAUGUGUGCGCCAGGAGGGAAGGUACUGAUGGGCACGGUUUCAGACGCAGACACCGUGGACCCAAAUGAAAAACAAAAAAAAAAAAAAAGAAAAAUCAGAUGGAUCUCUGUCCGGAUCUGAGUCUGUUAAAUAAGAGGUUAAAUGUUUGUUUGCACUUUUCAUCGCUUUCAUCGUGUCUUUUCACGUCCA